AUGGCCCAAACUGCCCCAGCAACAUCCGUUGAGGAGGAGGACACCUCUUGUAGCAAACUGGUGGUUACGUUCCUGAUGUCAGCACUUGAGUCAAUGUGUAAAGAACUUGCUAAGUCCAAAGCAGAAAUUGCCUGUAUUGCUGUAUUUGAAGCAGAAGUAUUCAUAGUUGGAACUGAGAGCGGAAGAAACUUUAUCAAUUCUAGGAAAGAAAUUCAGAAGGAUUUUGUUAAAUACUGUAAGUGUCAAGAAGAGAAUGCUGCAGAUCUGAAGAAAACAAAGACACUGCCACCUGUAAAUGGACUGACGGUGGAUACUGAGGAAGAGGAAGCUCUUGUGAAGUCUGUGGAUGACUUUUUCUGCUUUUGCUAUGGCAAGGCUUUAGGCAAGUCAACGUUGGUACCUGUGCCAUAUGAGAAGAUUGAGAGUGACCAGUCAUUUCUGGUAGUUCAGGGCCUGCCCAGAGGAGUUGCAUUGCAGCAUCCAUCCAAAUAUGAUGUAGUAACACUGAGAUGGAUUCUGGACCACAAGUCACAGAUCUCAUUUGUCAUCAAAAGGGCUGUUGUGGAGCUGAAGAAACAGCCAGCAGCUUUAGGAAUGGCCCCAGUAGCAGUGAAGGAGGAGCUAAAUGAUCCUGCAUACUAUGAACAUAAUACUCCAGGUAGUAAAGAAGAGAAAGCUGCAGAACUGAAGACAACAAAGACACUGCCUCCUGUAGAUGGACUGAAAGUAGAUACUCAGGAAAAGGAAGCUCUCGUGAAGUCUGUGGAUGACUUUUUUUGCUUUUGCUAUGGCAAGGCUUUAGGCAAGUCAACGUUGGUACCUGUGCCAUAUGAGAAGAUUGAGAGUGACCAGUCAUUUCUGGUAGUGCAGGGCCUGUCCAGAGGAGUUGCAUUGCAGCAUCCAUCCAAAUAUGAUGUAGUAACACUGAGAUGGAUUCUGGACCACAAGUCACAGAUCUCAUUUGUCAUCAAAAGGGCUGUUGUGGAGCUGAAGAAACAGCCAGCUUCUUUGGGAAUGGCUAAAGUAGCAGUGAAGGAGGAGCCAAAGGAUCCUGCAUACUAUCAAUAUAGUACUCCAGCAGCCCCUUCGGUAGCAUCAGAGCUGGAUAAAAGAACUGCUCUUGUGAAAAAUUAUCCAGGUCCCCCCCAGAACACAUCUCCUGAAAUAAGUCGAGGUCCUGAAGUCGAGGUCACCAUUGAGGAUGAUGAUGAUGAUGAUGAAGAAUACUUGCCUCCUAGCAAGAGACGAAGGAACACCAGGUCAGCUAAUGGAGCUGCCAGUACUGUGAGAAGGGCAACGAGAACACUGAAUUCUGGUGAUGAUGAGGAUGAUGGUGGUGGUGGUAAUUAUGAUGAUGGUGGUGAUGAUGAUGGUGGUGGUGAUGAUGACGCUGGUGAUGAUGAUGAUGGUGAUGGUGAUGAAGAUGAAGAGUACGUGCCUCCUAGCAAGAGAACAAAGAACACUGAGUCAAUUAAUGAAGCUGCUAAGCCUGGGAGAAGAAGAAGAAACUUCAACUUUGAGAAAUGGAAUGCAAGAAUUACAAACUUGAGAAAACAAGUUCAAGAGGUGUUUGAAAGAAAAUACGCUGAAGCUAUAAAAGCAAAAGGUCCAGUAUCUAUCCCAUACACAACCUUCCAGUCACAUGAAGAAGAAUUGAUUGUGGAAGGGCUGCCAGAAGGAGUUCCCUUCAGGCGACCGUCCACGUACGGCAUUCCCCGCCUCGAGAGGAUCCUUCUAGUAAAGGAGCAGAUCCGGUUUGUCAUUAAAAAUCAGGAGCUUUUGAAUGCAUCACGACAAGAUGCACCACAGGAUAAACCAGUUGCAGGAGUGAAAGAGGAGUGGCAUGCCAGACUCACCAAAUUGAGAAAGGCCGUAGAUGAACUCUUCUCUAAAAAGCUUGCUGAGGCCUUGGGGAGCACUGAGCCUAAACCUGUUCCAUACCAGAAAUUUGAGACCCAUGCUACUGACUUCUAUGUUGAAGGGCUGCCAGAUAACAUCCCCUUUAGAAGUCCUGCCUGGUAUGGAAUCCCUCGCCUUGAAAAAAUAAUUCAGGCGAGGGAGAGGAUAAAAUUUGUCGUCAAAAGGCCAGAGCUGCUAGCUCCCAAUACACCCGCAGGUACUCAGCACACGCCAGACACCUCAGGUAAGUAGGAUGAGCGCGGGAAAGAAGAUUGGAAUAUCAGGAUCACAAGGCUAAGAAAGGAAGUAGAAGAGAUAUUUAAUACAAAGUUUGGUCAAGCUCUGGGGCUUUCAGAGGCAGUGAAGGUUCCCUAUCCUAUAUUUGAAUCAAAUUCUGAAUACUUGUACGUUGAAGGCUUGCCAGAAGGAAUCCCCUUCCGGAGUCCCACAUGGUUUGGAAUUCCACGCCUUGAAAGAAUUAUCCGUGGGAAGUGCAAAAUCAAAUUUGUUGUUAAGAAGCCGGAGCUUGUCAUUUCCUGUUUGCCUCCAGGACUAGCUAGUAAAAUAAACACUGAAGGUAAACAUCCAAAGAGUUCAGAGAACUCCAAAAGUCCUGCAAGCAAUUCAAAGGUCCCAAAGAUUGAAGUCACUGUUGAAGAUGGCCCUAAUACACCAGAAAAAACAGAUGUUCAAAACAAUUCUCCAACCAAUGGGUCCCACCCAAGUUUAAAUUCACAAGGAAGAGAUUUUUCUUUUGACUCAUGGAACUCCAGGAUAAAUGACUUAAAGCAGAAAGUUGACAAAGUUUUCAGUGAAAAGUGUGCGGAAGCAUUGGGGGUGACUGAGCCAGUGAAGGUGCCCUAUGGGUUGUUUGAAUCCCACCCAGACGUUUUCUCUGUGGAAGGACUACCUGAGGGAGUGCCAUUCCGACGGCCUUCUACCUUUGGAAUUCCAAGGCUAGAGAAGAUCCUGAGAAGCAAAUCCAAGAUAAAAUUCAUUAUUAAAAAGCCUGAGAAGUUUAAGGCAGCUAUUAAGGAACACACUGCUAGAGGCCCCCAAAGAAAAAGAAAUUCAUCUAGUGUGUCAAACACAGCAAGCACCGCCACAAACACAGUGGUGAGCAAACCUGAUCCUUCUGAAGAUGUGAACAUCAUUGAAGUAACUCUAUCAGAUGAUGAAAGUGAGCGACUGCGGAAAGCAGAAAGGGCCAGACACUUGAGAGAGGAAGUAAAUGACCUUUUUAGCCGGAAAUUUGCUGAAGCCAUCGGUGUGGAUUCUAUGAAAAUCCCCUACAGGAAAAUCACUAAUUACCCUGGCUGUGUGGCGGUGGAAGGGUUGCCUCCUGGGGUGGAAUUUAAAGCUCCCAGUUACCUGGAAAUGAGCUCAAUGAGGAAGAUUUUGGAAUCACCAGAAUCGAUCAAGUUUACUAUCGUUCGGCCAAUUCCAGGACUUGUGAUUAACAAUCAGCUGAUGGAAAAAGUUGAAGAAGCAGAAGCACCCCCAGCACCAGUACCAGCACCAGUACCAGUACCAGCACCGUCAGCUGAACCAAGCCAAACAGAAGUAUCUGUAGAAGAUGUUACAGAAACAAAAGAAAGUUUUCAAUCAAAGAAAGAACCAGACCCAACGUGGUAGAUGUCAUCAGUAUGAGUCAGAAGCUUCCAGUUCUGAGAAGAGCCUGCCAGGACUCACCUGAGCUGUGUAAUAUAACUGUAUAAGAGAAAUACCUUCUAUACAAAUUGGUUUUGUACUUUUAGAUUGAAAUAUCUACUUUUUCAGCAGUUCUGUGAAUUGACUUAAAGGCUGGCUGUAGAUUUGAAAUGGCUGGUUUUACCUUGGAAUAUAUUAUAGACACAAAAUGUGAUGCAGCAGUGCUGGGAAGAUGACAGAGAUUAAGAUCAACAUGGACUUAACAGAGCCUGUCUACGUUUCCCAAAACAAACAGCUGGAUUUCACCACACCUGGAUGCACCUCAGCUUCUGUAAUAAAGACAAAUUCCUGCCAGA